CCUUCCUCUUCCUCCUCCCCCUCCCUCCUCUUCCCCACCUUCCUCCACCCCUUCCCUUCCCCUCCCCUUCUCCCUCCUCCUCCUCCUCUUCUAGCUCAGGUUGCAGCUUCUCUGGGGAGCCGCUCACCUUUCCGGAGCUGGGGAAGCCGCCCCGAGCCCGGGCAGGGACCCCAGCAGGGCGCGGGGCACGGCGCCCAGACCCGCCGCACCCCGGCCGUCGCGGGCUGGAGCCGGCGCGCCGCGGACCCCAGGACACGCGCGGACCCUGCGGCCUGCUGCCUGCUGAUCAUGAACAAAAUGAAGAACUUUAAGCGCCGCUUCUCCCUGUCAGUGCCCCGCACCGAGACCAUCGAGGAGUCCUUGGCAGAGUUCACAGAGCAGUUCAACCAGCUCCACAGCCGGCGCAGUGAGGGCCUGCAGCUCCAUCCUCUGGGCAGAGACCCCCAGCCAGAGUCCAGCACCUUCUCCCCCCAAGACAAAGGGGAGGACCCCGGGCAGCUGUCCCCUGGCAUGCAGUACCGGCGGCAGAACCAGCGCCGCUUCUCCAUGGAGGACAUCAGUAAGAGGCUCUCUCUGCCCAUGGACAUCCGUCUGCCCCAGGAAUUCCUCCAGAAGCUGCAGCUGGAGAGCCCAGACCUGCCCAAACCGCUCACCCGAAUGUCCCGCCGUGCCUCCCUGUCAGAUAUCGGCUUUGGGAAACUCGAAACAUAUGUGAAACUGGACAAACUGGGGGAGGGAACCUAUGCCACAGUCUUCAAAGGACGCAGCAAACUGACAGAGAACCUCGUGGCCCUGAAGGAGAUCCGGCUGGAACAUGAAGAAGGCGCGCCCUGCACUGCCAUCCGAGAGGUGUCUUUACUGAGGAACCUGAAACAUGCCAAUAUUGUGACCCUGCAUGACCUCAUCCACACGGAGCGCUCCCUCACCCUGGUGUUUGAGUACCUGGACAGUGACCUGAAGCAGUAUCUGGACCACUGUGGAAACCUCAUGAGCAUGCACAACGUCAAGAUUUUCAUGUUCCAGCUGCUCCGGGGCCUCGCCUACUGCCACCGCCGCAAGAUCCUGCACCGGGACCUGAAACCCCAGAACCUGCUCAUCAACGAGAGAGGGGAGCUGAAGCUGGCUGACUUCGGACUGGCCCGGGCCAAGUCAGUGCCCACGAAGACCUACUCCAAUGAGGUGGUGACCCUGUGGUACAGGCCCCCCGACGUGCUGCUGGGGUCCACGGAGUACUCCACCCCCAUCGAUAUGUGGGGCGUGGGCUGCAUCCAUUACGAGAUGGCCACAGGGAGGCCUCUCUUCCCCGGCUCCACGGUCAAGGAGGAGCUGCACCUCAUCUUCCGACUCCUCGGGACCCCCACGGAAGAGACGUGGCCUGGUGUGAUGGCCCUGUCCGAGUUCCGAGCCUACAGCUUCCCCCGAUACCUGCCCCAGCCGCUCAUCAGUCAUGCUCCCAGGUUGGACACAGAUGGCAUCAACCUUCUGACCGGCCUCCUCCUGUACGAAUCCAAGAGUCGUGUGUCAGCAGAGGCGGCCCUGAGGCACCCCUACUUCCGGUCUCUGGGGGAGCGUGUGCACCAGCUUGAAGACACUGCUUCCAUCUUCUCCCUGAAGGAGAUCCAGCUCCAGAAGGACCCAGGCUACCGGGGCCUGGCCUUUCAGCAGCCAGGGCGAGGGAAGAGCCGGCGGCAGAGCAUCUUCUGAGCUAUGCCCACCCUGCUGUGGCCCAAGGGACGAGAGGUCACACUGAGCACAAUUGCGGCAGGAUGGGGCCCGUGUGGCCUCGGAGGACUGAGGAGUGAGGGCUAACGGCCGG